AUGGAACGUCCCUUUAGCCCCAAGCGUCGGAAACUCGACGGAGCUUUCCGAUCUACUGCCGUCGACUCUGGCGACGACCUGGGCCCGUCCCUCAAACCACAAUCUUCCUUCAAGCCGCGCUCUCAAAGACCGCCUGAUCGCAGCCAGAGUCGUGCGCCACGUUCAAAACCGCAUCAGGAAGAGUUCGACGGGCCCGAACCGUUCUUGCAAGAUGAAGAUACCACGGCUAUGGAUCGAGACUGGUACGCGGGGGACGAAUUCGGGCAUACAUUCGGGGAUGAAAGCCACAAUCCAUUUGGUGGCGCUGACGUGUCGUGGGCGGACAAACAACGAGAGCAGGCACUGGCUGAUAAGAAACUCGGGAAACGCAUAACUGCCAAAGCAGCUCAGAAGCAGAAAGAGGUAGAUGCCUGGGAGGCGAACCGUAUGAUCACGUCGGGCGUGGCCCAACGCCGCGACACAGGGAACGACUUCGACGAUGAAGAGUCUGUCCGGGUACAUCUCCUGGUACAUGACCUCAAACCCCCAUUCCUGGACGGCAAGACAAUUUUCACAAAACAACUGGAGCCUGUGCCUGCGGUCCGCGAUUCUCAAAGUGAUAUGGCAGUAUUUGCCCGCAAGGGUAGUAAGGUCGUCCGGGAGAAGCGGCAACAGAAAGAAAGACAAAAACAGGCACAGGAAGCGACCAAUGUUGCGGGCACCGCUUUGGGAAACAUUAUGGGAGUCAAGGAGGACGAAGGCGAUAGUGCAGCCGCGGUUCCUGGAGAAGACAGUGGAAAGAGUAAAUUCGCAACACAUCUCAAGAAGAGCACCGGCGGCUCAGCCUUCAGUAAAAGCAAGACGCUGAAAGAGCAGAGGGAAUACCUGCCUGCCUUCGCAGUGAGGGAGGAACUUAUGCGUGUGAUACGAGACAAUCAGGUCAUUAUUGUCGUUGGUCAAACUGGAUCUGGCAAGACCACGCAGCUCACCCAAUUCUUGUAUGAGGAAGGAUAUGGUCAACAUGGGUUGAUAGGUUGCACCCAACCCAGAAGAGUUGCUGCAAUGAGUGUAGCGAAGCGAGUCAGUGAGGAGAUGGAGGUCGAGCUGGGCGGACUAGUAGGCUAUGCUAUCCGUUUUGAAGACUGUACGAGCGACGAGACUGUCAUCAAAUACAUGACGGAUGGUGUGUUGCUCAGAGAGUCUCUGACACAGCGAGAUCUAGACAAGUACUCAUGCAUCAUUAUGGACGAAGCUCAUGAACGAGCUCUCAAUACCGAUGUGCUUAUGGGUCUGAUCAAGAAAGUGCUUGCGCGCCGCCGAGAUCUGAAACUAAUUGUCACCUCUGCCACCAUGAACUCAGAACGAUUCUCCAGGUUCUACGGAGGCGCCCCCGAGUUCAUCAUUCCUGGUCGGACAUUCCCCGUUGAUAUACAAUACUCACGUUCGCCGUGCGAAGACUAUGUCGACAGUGCUGUCAAGCAAGUUCUUGCCAUCCACGUCUCGCAGGGGGCUGGUGACAUCCUCGUUUUCAUGACGGGACAGGAAGAUAUUGAGGUCACCUGCGAACUGAUCGAAGAACGACUGCAGUUGUUGGUCAAUCCGCCCAAGUUGAUGGUUUUGCCAAUCUACUCUCAGAUGCCUGCGGAUCUCCAGGCUAAGAUCUUUGACCCUGCCCCUCCGGGAGUUCGAAAAGUCAUUGUUGCCACCAAUAUUGCUGAAACCUCGCUCACCGUUGACGGCAUCAUGUACGUUGUAGACGCUGGCUUUUCCAAGCUAAAGGUGUACAAUCCACGAAUGGGCAUGGACACCCUGCAGAUCACCCCAAUCUCCCAAGCAAAUGCCUCACAACGAGCCGGUCGAGCAGGCCGUACAGGGCCUGGCAAAGCCUUCCACCUCUAUACUGAACAGGCUUUCAAGAACGAAUUCUAUAUCCAAACCAUUCCUGAGAUUCAACGAACAAAUCUGGCCAAUACUGUCCUACUUCUCAAGUCUCUCGGGGUCAAAGAUCUCCUAGAUUUUGACUUUAUGGAUCCGCCUCCACAAGAUACUAUCACGACCUCUUUGUUCGACCUUUGGGCUUUGGGGGCUCUUGACCAUGUUGGUGAGCUCACCACCAUCGGUCGAACGAUGACAGCCUUCCCGAUGGAUCCCUCGCUCGCGAAAAUGCUCAUCACCGCUUCCACCGAGUACGAAUGCAGUGAAGAAAUGCUAACAAUUGUCAGCAUGCUUUCUGUACCGUCGGUCUUUUACAGGCCGAAAGAAAGACAAGAGGAAUCCGAUGCUGCACGAGAAAAGUUCUUCGUUCAUGAAUCAGACCACCUCACUCUCCUCCACGUAUAUACCCAGUGGAAAAGCAAUGGUUACAGUGACGCGUGGUGUAUCAGACACUUCCUCCACCCAAAAGCGCUGCGCAGGGCAAAGGAGAUUCGUGAACAGUUGCAUGACAUCAUGGUUGGGCAGCAAAAGAUGGAACUCGUGUCCUGUGGAACGGACUGGGAUGUCAUUCGCGAAUGCAUUUGUUCGGGUUAUUACCAUCAAGCUGCUCGUCGUCGUGGUGUCGGCGAGUACAUCAACCUGCGAACGAGCGUGACAGUCCAACUACAUCCUACUUCUGCUUUAUAUGGCCUCGGCGAUCCACCCGAUUAUGUUGUCUACCAUGAGCUUAUCUUGACCAGCAAGGAAUAUAUGAGCUGCGUCACUGCUGUCGAUCCACACUGGUUGGCCGAUCUUGGUGGGGUCUUCUACAGCUUGAAGUCGAAGGAGUACAGCGCGAAGGACAGGCGCAUUGUUGAAAGCGAAUUCAAUCGUAAAAUGGAGAUUGAGAGGCAAAUGAUGGAGGAUCGAGUCAAAGACGAGAAGAGACGUCAAGAGGAGGAGGAAAAAGAGAAGAUCCUGGCUGGACGAGUCAAGGGCAAUGGAGUGGUGGUUAAGAAGAUGGGCAGUCAAGGAGUGGUGAAGAAGCCUGUCGUUCCCAGACGGCGGAUGGGGUUUUAG